AUGUCGAAACAUCAGAAUCAAGACCGGAAGAGCGCGAGCGUGGUCAUGAUGAACACUUCGUGCGAGAAGGUCAGCCAGAUAGAUACGUCUGUCCACCUGCUUAUGAACAUAUUUUCAGCUGCUCUUCUUGGAGCCACGAACUUUGCAAUGCAAGCAUUGGCAGCCCCAACUCGUGCGGAUAUUGAUCAAAUACACAAAAGCGGUGGCACCGCUGACAUUGGUAUUCUCUCUCUGAGAAAUAUGCUCCAUAUCCGUCCAAUACGACUCAUCAUGUGGACAACCAUGUUGAUCACGGCGUUGCCUCUCCACCUGGUGUACAAUUCGGCCAUAUUCCCGACCACUUCUAGGCCAUCAUAUAACGUGGUGGUUGUCUCUCCAGAAACGAAGGCAUCCUCUUACGAUGGUGUCGUGUUGGUCGCUGACCAAAAGUCCACGCGGGCCACCAGAAACGAGAAGUCGGAGCCCGUGUCUGGAAUUCUCUAUCACCGCUAUGAGGCAGCAAGUCUUAUGUCGGAUUUAGGUGCUGGUUGGAUGUCGGAAAUCACUGUCAUGUGGAAGUCUUCAGAGGACCGUCAUGAGGACUCUUCCGAGAAUCCUCAUGACACUUAUUGGGGCCCUCAAGAGGACCCUUAUUUGAAGACAGAAAAGGAACAAUUCUUCGCCUCUACGGAAGAUAACGUGCAGGUCGAUACGCAGGGCUUUUUCUGGGGUCAAUUAUGCUGCUUUGAUGUACCACCUGAAGACGAUGCCCAUUGCUACGUCGACGAUUAUCUGGCAAUAACAAAUCGAUCUAGCCCAUCAACACCGGUCUUUCGAAUUCGAGGCAAGAUUUUUGUGAGACAGAUCGAUCCCAAAUGCCGACUACUUGCCGAACCAGUCUUUUGGUGGUUGACAACCAUUUGCAACCUCGUCAUUGCGGCCUGUCUCAGCUCCGUGGCCUGGUUGUACAGAUCAGCACCGCUCGUCACCAUUGGAGAUGCGAUUGACUCGUUCAUAACCGAACCUCCGUCUCCAGACUCAAAGACGAUUCCGAGAUCUAGCUGCACUUACCACCAUCCAUCGUUCACAAACAUCUUCCGACCAGCGCUGCCGCCGCGGGCCUACAAGCCCAAAGCAACGCCGUUGUGGAAAUCAGUUUCCUUGACACGCUGGUCUCUAACCAUGGCCUGGUUCAUCGGUAUGCUGUCCCAGUGUAUCCUCCUCUUCAUCUUUGCUCUGCGCGCCGAUUAUUACAACUUCACCGCAGGUCAGCGGCUCGCUUCUCUCUUAACCUUCAACCCGAAUAACUCGCUGGACCCCUACCACAUCCUCUACUACAGCAACCGCAACGACGUGGACAUGAUACCCCGCCGCUGGCGUCUUGUCUUGCGCGCCAAUACGCCCCAAAUCUUUCUCUCACUGACUUACCUCUUCUUCAACAACAUCUUGACCAAGAUGGUCGCCGAACGGGAGUGGCACUCCUUUCAUGUCGGCACCGGGACGGAGACCAGCGGAUCAAGCGCAAAGAAGAAAACAUGCCGGAUUACAUGGUGGAAAAGAAAAGAAAAACCAAGCGUCAAAACAACAACAAAGACGCUACGCACAUCCCAACCCCGCGGCUCCCAGCGGUCCACCUUCUUCCUUAGCCUCCCCUACCGCUACGCCCUCCCCUUCGUCGCCGUGUCCAGCAUUAUGCACUGGCUGAUGAGCCAAUGCUUGUACUUCACCCAAGUGGACUUUAUCGAUGUGGACGGAACCACGUUGGACAAGUCGAAUCCCCCAGCCAUCACGCUCGGGUACUCCACCUGUGCCAUGUUCUGGGUGAUUGUGCUGGGAACGCUUUCGUGGGUGACGAUUCUGGGGUUGGCGGUAUUUGGCAAGUAUCCGGCGGGUAUGCCGAUUAUGGGGGGUUGCUCGGCGGUUAUUGCUGCUGCUUGUCACGUGCAUGCUCCGCUAAUGAGGAAGGGGGUGAGACGGGAGAGAGAGGGUGGGGAUGGGGAUGGAGAUGGAGAUGAGGAAGAGGAGGAAGGAGGUACGGAUAUUGCGGCGGGUCCGUUGUCUUGGGGAGUCAUUAGGCAGGUUGUUGUGAGAGAUGGAGUGGAGGUUGAGGAGAAGUGGUUGGGGUUUACGAGGGGAGAGGCGGAGAGGCCUGUUGUUGGGGAGGUAUAUGGAUAG